AUGAAAUAUUUUAUUGUUGUAAUUCUAAUCUCUGCAAUUUUAAUUGAUGUUUCGAAUCCAUUAAGCUGUUUUGUAUGUGAUUCAAAAGAGGAUGAACAUUGUCCAGAAACAUGGACAAGAAGAGAUAUAUUGCCUGUUGAAUGUGGUGGACCUGAUGGUGUACAAGAUGCACGGUUUUGUAUUAAAACAAUUGCUGUUUUUGGAGGUGCUGUUGCAACGAAACGUUUUUGUAGUUCUCGUGAUAUGGAUAAUCAAUGUAUUGAAGUAAAAUAUCCUCAGGAUGAGAAAAUGUAUUAUUCAUGUACAUAUACAUGUUCAAGAGAUGGUUGCAAUGGAACAUCUCGUUUACAUAUACCAACAAUUUUUAUACUUUUUUCUAUUUUAAUACAUAUUAUUUGUAAUUAA